AAAAAACUUGACCCAAUUAUUGUGAGAGGUCAUUAUUGUUUACUGCGGUUUAGUAAGGACAAGAGAAAACUCAAAAUAUUAAGCAGAACUCGUUUAUUUCUGCACCAGGUUAUAAACAAUCAUCUGGUAUAUGUAACACCUUCAAGACUGAUUAUCUAUUUCACAAUUAUUUGUGAUAAAUUUGCGUGAAUUCCUUUGAUUUUAUUGUCUAAAUUUACAGCUGAUUUUCAAUGGAGCCCAUCGAUGUCAACUUUGAAAUUGAAGUGAUCAACAUGAUAAAUGACACUGAUAUAAACUCUAUUGUUGCCAUACCGUCCUUACAGAACUCUUGUCGAAGAAAAAGUCCUUAUCCGUGUUCUAGUAUAUACUCUUUUAGACAUUUUUUACAAAGUAACCAGUAAAUAAUUCAAUUUCCUCAUAUUGAAAUUAUUUUAAUUUAAGUAACAUCACUGUCAUCAAAAAUAAGUUUUAACUGAGAAAAAUUGUGUGAAAUAGCAUCAUCGGGAAAAUGAAGUUUUUAGAGAAUUCAAAAUUCGAGGCAAUAAAUGCUGCUAUAACAGCAGAGAUGGAAAACUACAGGAUUGAGGGAAGAAUAGAGAGUUAUUCAUGUAAGAUGGCUGGGAAUGACAAGAAACUGUUUAAGACCCUGGUUCAUGAUUCAGCAGAGUCUCACCAUAAUGAUUUACAAGUACUCUCACCUCCACAAAGCACCGUCUCUCUCAGUCCUAAUAAGACGUAUGGAAGAAGCAUGAGUGAUGGGGAAUCAUACCUAUGUGAUACUAUCUCCACAAAGACACUCUUCUACCUGAUCUCAACAUUAAAUGCUUCCUUUAAUCCAGACUAUGAUUUUAGCAAUGCUAAAAGUGAGGAAUUUAGCAAGGAACCUAGCCCAGAGUGGGUAAUAAAUACAGUGGACAGUCAGCUUCAGUCAGCAGCCAAUGAGAUAUUUUGCCAUAUAAAACAGAAUCUGUGGUCAGCGAUUGAUGAGGAGAUAAUGAUAAGAGAUUGUGACGUGUACAGCUACAAUCCAGACCUUACGUCCGAUCCUUUCGGUGAAGACGGGUGCAUUUGGUCGUUCAACUACUUCUUCUAUAACAAGAAGCUUAAGAGAAUUGUUUUCUUCACUUGCAGGGCUUCAAGUGGCAGCCAAUAUGGAGGUGACUCAGGUAUAGGGCAGGAUUUCUCCAUGGAUGACUCCAGUGAUAUGCUCUUUGAUAAGAGACGUCUACGAUAUUAAGACGUGAUCAAGAGAUGGAGUAACAGACAUACUUAAUGAGGAAUUUCCUGCAUUCCCUUUGUACAUAGUUUACUGUUUAUCAUAUGUUUGUAAAUGUCACAUGUUUGCUUGUUUAAAAACUAUACUCAACGAUACUCGACAUGGAAAACAUCACAUUGAUCUGAGAGAUAUUAUACAAAGAAAAA